AUGUCCGCCAAGUCGAUCCUCGAGGCCGACGGCAAGGCCAUCCUCAACUACCACCUCACUCGUGCUCCCGUCAUCAAGCCGAGUCCUCUUCCUCCUCCCGCCAAGCACAACCCUCCUACCAGACUGGCUUCGCUGUACUUCCCUGAGGAUGCCAACGUCGAUGACAUUCUGAACCAGGCCGAGGUCACCUACCCUUGGCUCCUCCAGUCCGACGCCAAGUUCGUCGCAAAGCCCGAUCAGCUCAUCAAGCGACGAGGAAAGAGCGGUCUCCUUGCCCUGAACAAGACCUGGGCUGAGGCCAAGGCCUGGGUUGCUGAGCGAGCCGGCAAGGAGCAGCAGGUUGAGCACACCACUGGCGUCUUGAGGCAAUUCCUCGUUGAGCCUUUCGUCCCUCACCCUCAAGACACCGAGUACUACAUCAACAUCAACUCGGUCCGCGAUGGCGACUGGAUCCUCUUCACCCACGAGGGUGGUGUUGAUGUCGGUGAUGUUGACGCUAAGGCUGAGAAGCUCUUGAUCCCCGUUGACCUCGCUGAGUACCCCUCCAACGAGGAGAUUGCUGCUACUCUCCUCAAGAACGUCCCCGAGGGCGUCCACAAUGUCCUCGUCGACUUCAUCACCCGUCUGUAUGCCGUCUAUGUCGACUGCCAGUUCACCUACCUCGAGAUCAACCCCCUGGUGGUGAUCCCCAACGAGGACAAGACCUCUGCUGCUGUCCACUUCCUGGAUCUUGCUGCCAAGCUCGACCAGACUGCCGACUUUGAGUGUGGUGUCAAGUGGGCUAUUGCCCGAUCUCCUGCUGCCCUUGGCCUUACCAACGUCGCCACUUCUACCGGCGACAAGGUCAACAUCGAUGCUGGUCCUCCCAUGGAGUUCCCUGCCCCCUUCGGCCGUGAGCUGACCAAGGAGGAGGCUUACAUCGCUGACCUCGAUGCUAAGACUGGUGCUUCUCUCAAGCUUACCGUCCUUAACGCCAAGGGCCGUAUCUGGACUCUGGUCGCUGGUGGUGGUGCCUCGGUCGUCUACGCCGAUGCCAUUGCCUCUGCCGGCUUUGCUGAUGAGCUUGCCAACUACGGCGAGUACUCUGGUGCUCCCACCGAGUCCCAGACCUACCACUACGCCCGAACCGUCCUUGACCUCCUUCUCCGUGCUCCCGAGUCCGACAAGGGCAAGGUCCUGUUCAUCGGUGGUGGUAUUGCCAACUUCACCAACGUCGCCAGCACCUUCAAGGGUGUCAUCCGGGCGCUGCGGGACUUUGCUCCCAGGCUGACCGAGCACAACGUCCAGAUCUGGGUGCGACGUGCUGGCCCCAACUACCAGGAGGGUCUCAAGAACAUGAAGGCGGCCACCCAGGAGCUCGGCCUCAACGCCAAGAUCUUUGGCCCUGAGAUGCACGUCUCUGGUAUCGUGCCCCUGGCUCUCAUCCCCGGAAAGUGGGAGGAGAGCAAGGCGCAGGAGUUCCAGGGUUAA